AUGCAUGAAAUUGUAACCGAAAAACUGAAAUUUCGUAAACUUUGCUCACGUUGGGUACCAAAGAUUCUUACUGAGCAACACAAAACAAAACGGAUGGGUAGUGCACUUCAGUUUUUGACCUGUUAUGCUGAAAGCGGCGAAGAAUUUCUGACACAGAUAGUCACAGGAGAUGAAACUUGGGUUUCUUACGACACCCCUGAAAGUAAGCGGCAAUCAAUGGAAUUGAGGCACACUUCAUCCCCAGCAAAGGUUAAGCCGAAGCAAAUCUUGACACCUCGAAAAAUGAUGUGCACAGUGUUCUGGGACUGGAAAGGCAUCUUAUUCAUUGAUUUCUUACCGUGUGGUCAAACAAUCAGAGCAGAUGCUUAUUGCGAGACACUUCGGAAAUUGCGCCGCGGAAUACAGAAUAAGCGCCGAGGAUUGCUGUCAAAAAGUGUUUUUCUUCACGACAAUGCACGACCACACACUGCAAAUGUGACGAAAAACCUCUUACAGGGAUUUGGCUGGGACGUGUUUGACCAUCCUCCGUACAGCCCUGACUUCGCUCCUAGCGACUUUCAUCUGUUCUUACAUCUUAAGUCUUUCCUUGGCGGUCAACACUUCAACAAUGACGACGAGCUGAAAGAAACUGUUUCCAACUGGUUGAAGACACAGGCGGCAAAUUUCUAUGAAGAAG